AUGAGUACAGAUCAAUCAUCGAAUUCAUCAACUUAAAAAGGCAAAUCACUCUCUUCCAUAGAUACCACCAGAUCUAAAUAUGCAUAGGAGUUAGGAAUUCAUUAGCUCUUACAAAAUGCUUUCCAAGACAUGGAUGAUGAAAAUACAGAUAUGAAAACUUUGCUACCCAUUUCAAUCUUAUUGGAAGAGAUGAAGAGCGAUCAUUCAAGCACAAGAACAUACUGUUUGCAGAACCUCUCAACCAUUGCCUUGGUAUUGGGUCCUGCCAGAGCAAAAGGCUUGUUGGGCGGAUUUAUUUCAAAUUUACUUAAGGAUCAAGAAAAGGCUGUCGAGGAUGUUCCAGAAGAAUUAUAAGUAAUGCUUACAUUACUAGAAUCCAUGCCAAAAUUAAUAAAUCUGAUUGGAGGUCCAGAAAACAGUUUAGUGUUGUUAAAACCAUUACUCGAAACCAUCGGAGAUAGAACAAAGGAAGAAACAAAAAACAUGUACAUUAAAAUCAUGAGGGAUAUUGGAAAGAGAUUAUUGAAAUAAUAACACUUAUUUGAGGAAUGUGUUACUUAGAGAAUAAUAGAAGCGAAGGAUGGUGAUAUAGAUGAAUAAUGUGCUGCUGUUACAUUAAUUGCUAAUCUCUAUAAUCUAGUUUCUUAGUAGAUAUUAUAAGAAUGGAUGGAGUACUUUAACACUUUAAUGUUGAGUAAUGAAUAAAAUGUCAGAAAGAGAGUAGUUCUAAGUAUAAAAGAAUUUGCAUAAUGGGCAAGUAAUCCUGAAGAGCAUAAGUUUUGUAUUGAAUUAGCUGAUAAUGUCUUUACAAAUGGGAAGGAUUUUAAAUCAAAUUUAUUCUAUAGUGUCCCAGCUUUAAUCAAAUUUCAAGGUUAUCAAGAUUACUUAGGCAAAUUAUUUAAGAUGGAUAAUAUUAAUGCUUAUAAUUGCUUUUUAGAAAUAUGCAUUGAGUCUCUAUAAGUAUUAUAAAAUACUGCUGAUAGCAAAAUAUUUAUUGAAAAUUUUAUUAAACUAUUUUCUAAAACAGAAUUAGAGUUGAAAUAAAAGUUAUCAGUAUAUUGUGGAAAACUAGUGGUCUUUAUUAAAGAUUCAAAGACGAUUUACAAAGGAUAUCUUGUCCAAAUUCAGUAAUAUAUGACAUAGUUAGAAUAGGAAAAGAAUUUCAUGAUAAAAUAGAAUUUGGUAGAGUCUGUCAUCCUGAUAUUGAACCAAGCAACUGAUAGAAGAAUAUAUUACCAAUAAGAAGAAAUCUAGUACUUCUUAAGAUUUCUAAUGAAUCAAUUGAUGAGUGGUGACACAGAUCUCAAAUUUAAAUUUGUAUCUAAACAGAAAUCCUUUAACAUCAUUUUGUAGUUCAUUUCGGAUAAUGCUUUUGCUUAAAAUGAAUCAAUACAAAUAGUUAAGAAUUUACUACAAGUCAUAAUCAAUAUUGAAUAAUGUAAGAAUUGGAGAAUGAGACAAUAAUGUUUGAUGUCAUUGUAAAUGUUCCUGACAAACCUAUAAUAAUUUUAAAUUUUCAAGACUUUCCAAUCAGAUGAUCUAGAAGUUCAAUUAAUUAAAAGACUAGUAUAAGAUAGAAUUUCUGCAGUUCGAGAAGAAGCAAGCAAAACUCUGUUGCAAUUGUUUAGAUAAUUAAAGGAGAACGAUAUGUUUGAAAAAGGAAAGAGAGUAAUAGAUUAAUUAAGUGAUUUACUAAAACAUCCAAACUAUUUGGUUAGAGUGAACUUUGUAUUGGGAUUGGGGAAUGCAUUCUUUUUGGGAGAACAUACAUAUAAUUUGUUGAGGUAAUUAAAGAAUGAAGUUCCAAAUGUAAAAUUGGCUUUAUUGGAAGUCCUAUAUAAUAAUAAAAAAUGCAAACAAUUAGAUUUAAUUCCUAUUAACGAUUUGGAUUAGGAUGUAAGAGAUGUUGCAUAAAUUAUAUAUUAAUAAUUCAAAUGA